UUAGCUUGCAAUAUUGUUCUUACCUGCGCGAAAGAAAAAGCAGAUUAAUAGAACGCAUCGAACGUUAGAACGAAUUAGAACGGAAAAAUUCGAUCGGAACAGGAGGAAAAUGUUUCGUGACAUUUUCAACGUAAUUGUAACAUAGUGUGUUAGUGUCCGUCGUCCAUAUCUUUCCCUACAUUUUAACCAUAUCUCCAUAUAUCUCUUCCUCUCUUUCUCUUUGUCUUUCCUUCCCUCUCUUUCUCCCACAUUCGUAGGCUCGAUCGCAGAGAACCGAAUCCAUUCCUCGAGACACGAGAUUCAUCAUGGCGGGCACGAAAACCUCGCUAUACUAGUGUAUACAUUACUAAAAAAACAUUUACAAUUGUUUACAUCUCGACUCUUCAAGUGUAUAUUCGACGUAAAUUUCACGCGACGAUCGGUCAAUUCAAUUCGUCGAGUCACCGAAUUGAUAAUAAUUUACAUUCGAUCCAUAUAUUAUUACGAUCGAUUAUCUCUUUUCUUCUACUUAUUUCGCGUCUUCAUGCUGGCCGUCAUCAUGCAAGCGCAGCAACAACCGCAACAGCAACAGCAACAACAACAACAGCAACAGCAACAGCAACAACAACAGCAAACUCAUCAACAACAAAUAGCGGGUACUAACGUAAUACUUAAGAUGAAUGAAAUACAACAACUCUCUACUGCAGGGUUACUGGAGCUUGCACAUAGGGAAUAUCAAGCUGGUGACUAUGAAAAUGCAGAAAGACAUUGUAUGCAACUUUGGCGCCAAGAAACAAAUAACACCGGAGUAUUGUUAUUGCUCUCUUCUAUCCACUUUCAGUGCAGAAGAUUAGAAAAGUCUGCACAUUACAGUAGCUUGGCCAUAAAACAAAAUCCUUUGUUGGCAGAAGCUUAUAGUAACUUAGGAAAUGUAUACAAAGAACGCGGACAGCUUCCAGAAGCUCUAGAGAAUUAUCGACACGCGGUCAGACUUAAACCUGAUUUCAUCGACGGAUAUAUCAACUUAGCUGCAGCUUUAGUAGCGGCAGGAGACAUGGAGCAAGCUGUUCAAGCAUAUAUCACUGCUCUACAAUACAACCCUGAUCUUUAUUGUGUGAGGAGUGAUCUUGGUAAUCUUUUGAAAGCAUUAGCAAGACUUGACGAAGCUAAGGCAUGCUAUCUGAAGGCGAUCGAGACAAGACCAGACUUUGCGGUCGCCUGGAGCAACCUAGGUUGCGUUUUCAAUGCUCAAGGAGAAAUAUGGUUGGCUAUUCAUCAUUUUGAAAAGGCUGUUGCUUUAGAUCCGAACUUUUUGGAUGCUUACAUCAAUCUAGGAAAUGUUCUCAAGGAGGCACGUAUCUUCGACAGAGCUGUCGCUGCUUAUUUACGUGCGUUGAAUCUCAGUCCAAAUAAUGCCGUCGUACAUGGAAACUUGGCGUGCGUUUAUUAUGAACAAGGUCUCAUCGAUCUUGCGAUCGACACUUAUCGUCGUGCCAUCGAGUUACAGCCAAACUUCCCAGAUGCCUAUUGCAAUUUGGCGAACGCUCUCAAAGAGAAGGGGCAAGUGGUCGAAGCCGAAGAAUGUUAUAAUACCGCCCUCCGACUUUGUCCUACUCAUGCCGAUUCUCUCAAUAAUUUGGCCAACAUAAAACGCGAGCAAGGAUAUAUCGAAGAAGCUACGCGACUUUAUUUGAAGGCUCUUGAAGUAUUUCCAGAGUUUGCUGCCGCACAUAGCAAUCUUGCAUCAGUAUUACAACAACAAGGAAAGUUAAACGAAGCACUAAUGCAUUAUAAGGAAGCGAUUCGCAUACAACCAACAUUUGCAGAUGCUUAUUCCAAUAUGGGGAAUACCCUGAAGGAGAUGCAAGACAUACAAGGUGCCCUUCAAUGUUACACAAGGGCAAUACAAAUAAAUCCUGCUUUUGCUGAUGCUCACUCCAACUUGGCUUCAAUCCAUAAGGAUUCCGGAAAUAUUCCUGAAGCUAUUCAGUCAUACAGGACGGCAUUAAAACUUAAACCGGACUUUCCCGACGCUUAUUGUAAUUUGGCACAUUGUCUUCAAAUUGUAUGCGAUUGGACCGAUUACGAAGCUAGGAUGAAAAAACUUGUUUCGAUCGUUGCCGAACAACUCGAUAAAAAUAGAUUACCUAGCGUACAUCCUCAUCAUUCGAUGCUCUAUCCAUUGUCUCAUGAUUUUCGAAAAGCCAUUGCUGCUAGGCAUGCCAAUUUAUGCAUUGAAAAGAUCCACGUUCUACAUAAACAACCUUACAAGUAUCCACAAGAAGUUAGCUCACGUUUAAAAAUCGGUUAUGUUUCUUCAGAUUUUGGAAAUCAUCCAACCAGUCAUUUAAUGCAAUCGAUUCCUGGCCUUCACGAUCGUUCAAACGUUGAGAUUUUUUGUUACGCUUUAAGUGCCGACGAUGGGACAACAUUCCGAGCAAAAAUUGCCAGAGAGGCCGAACAUUUUGUUGAUCUUUCUCAAACACCGUGCAAUGGAAAGGCCGCUGAUCGUAUUAACGCUGAUGGCAUUCAUAUACUCGUUAACAUGAAUGGUUACACAAAAGGUGCAAGAAAUGAAAUCUUUGCUUUGAGACCAGCACCGAUUCAAGUUAUGUGGCUUGGUUAUCCUGGUACAUCUGGCGCUAGUUUCAUGGAUUAUUUAAUCACCGACGAAGUUACAUCCCCUCUCGAACUUGCUAGUCAAUAUAGCGAGAAACUAGCUUAUAUGCCACACACAUAUUUUAUUGGUGAUCACAAACAAAUGUUUCCACAUCUUAAAGAACGUCUCAUUCUAACGGACAAACUAAACACAAAAGGCAAAGUAGCAGAUAAUGUGGCUGUCAUUAAUGCUACCGAUUUAUCACCGAUGAUUGAAAAUACAUUGGUGAAGGAAAUUCGCGAAGUCGUGGUGCCAGAUGCGAAAAACAAACCCGUUGAAAUUUCAUUGAAAGUAGCCGAACUACCAACAACUACCCCCAUUGAGACGAUGAUCGCUUCUGGCCAAUGUCAGAUGUCUGUAAAUGGUGUUGUUGUACAGAACGGUAUGACGACGACCCAAGUGAACAACAAAACUGCUACAGGCGAGGAAGUUCCUCAAAAUAUUGUUAUUACGACGAGACAACAAUAUGGUUUACCGGAGGAUGCAGUUGUUUAUUGCAAUUUUAAUCAAUUGUAUAAGAUCGAUCCUCUUACUCUUCAUAUGUGGGCUCACAUUUUAAAGAACGUACCAAAUUCAGUACUUUGGCUGUUGAGAUUCCCAGCAGUUGGUGAACCUAAUCUUCAAGCGACAGCACAACAAUUAGGUCUUGCUCCUGGUAGGAUACUUUUUAGUAAUGUCGCUGCUAAAGAGGAACACGUUAGGCGCGGCCAAUUAGCCGACGUCUGUUUGGAUACACCAUUAUGUAAUGGACACACUACGAGUAUGGACGUACUUUGGACCGGUACUCCAGUUGUUACGUUGCCUGGAGAAACAUUAGCCUCUCGUGUCGCUGCUAGCCAAUUGAACACGCUUGGCUGUCCUGAAUUAGUAGCUAGGACGAGACAGGAAUAUCAAGAAAUUGCUAUACGGUUGGGAACCGAUCGAGAAUACUUGAAAGCGACACGUGCAAAAGUAUGGAAGGCACGUUCAGAAAGUCCUCUAUUCAAUUGCGAAUUAUAUGCUAUGGGUAUGGAAAUGUUAUAUAAAAAAAUGUGGGAACGUUUUGCUCUAGGAGAGAAGCCUGACCAUGUUGCAGCCAAUGAUAAAUCUGAUAGUCUCAAAUGAUUAGACAAUUUUAACUAUAAUAUUAUUUUACGUUUAUUACAAAUCACACAUUUAGAAGAUUAUUAUAUUCGGUUGUACAACUACUGCUCCUCUCUCUCUUUCAUUCUCUUUCUCUUUUUCUUUUUCUGUCUCUAUUUCUUUCCAAAAAUUAUUAUUCACGAUCAAUCGUUCGACAUCUUAUUAUUGUCAUUUCCAUUAUAUUGUUUUAUAAUAAUUUUUCUUAUUUCUAUAUCAAUAAUAUAUUAUAUGGAUCGUUCAUAAAGCAUAAUUAAGAUCGAUAAUUCCAUUCAAUAUGCUGAUGAAGACGAUGACGAUAACGAUGAUGAUGACGAAGAUGAUGAUGGUGGUGGUAGUGAUGACGAUGAUGAUGAUAAUGAUGAUGAUUGAUGAUGAUGAUUGAUGAUGUUGAUGAUGAUGAUUGAUGACGAUGACGAUGACGAUGACGACGACAACGACGACGACGACGAGGACGACGACGACGACGACGACGAUGAUGAUGAUGAUGCGGUUCGCGUUUUAUCGUGCAAGUGGAGAAAGUGUUUUAGAAAAUCCUCUCUAUGUAAUUCUGUGAUCAGUAGCGAUACACAACGAUGAUUAAACAAAUCGUGAGUUGGAUGUGUUAAAGCAAUCUCAUAUAUAAUAUACUUCAUACAUACAUACAUAUACAUACACGCAUACAUACGCGCACACACACACAAUACGUACAUACAUCCCAUUAAUCACAAUAUGACUUUCUAUUUCCAAUAUAUGAUGUAUUUCGUUUUUGGAAGUACUAUAUGUGUACGUGUGUCAGUGUGAUGUAUACAUAGAAGAAUCGAAGUCAUUUUCUCAAGAAGAAAAAACGGAUUUAUAUUAUAGAAACACGCAUCAUACAUAUGUUCCUUUUCUCUUAUCUUUUUUCUUUUUCAUUUUUUUUUUUUUUUAAAUUAUGCGAACAAUUAGACAAGACAGGCAAACAAACAAAUAAUCAAAUAACAGUAUUUUAUUGAUAUUGUGUAUCUUCAUGGAAAAAAAACCAAAACAAAAGGGAAAAAAAAAACAAAAAAAAAAGAGAGAGAGAGGUGACACAUAGUAUCCCUCAUGGUUUUUCAUUCAUCUUUUUUUGGCCUCUCGUCAUAAGCCACGUCUUACGUUAUUUUUUUUUUUUUUUUUUUUUUUUUUUUUUUUUUUAAACAUGAUCUGUAAUAAUACGUUGAAUUUGCGAUGAUUAUGAUCGUUAAUGAUCGAUAUAGAUCUUUGGACGCAAUCGUUUGAUUAGAUUUACUUACUUCGUAUAUUAAAAAUACAACUCUAGUGAAAGUUUCCUAUAUUUAUCAUUUUGAUUCUCUCUUAGUUGUUUAUACAAAUCGAGAAGUGAAGUUUUGCAAAAAGGAAAGAAGAAAAAAUGAAUAAAUAAAAAAAAAAACAAGUACUCGAACUAAUAUAUAUAUACACAUAUAUAUAUAAUAUACACAUAUAUGUAUGAAUGGUGAGAAUUGGAGUUGACAGCAUGAGUUGUACGGAGGUAUUAUAAUUAUGAUUAUUAUUAUUAAUUAAUUAAUUAAUUAAUUAUAUUAUUAUAUAAUUAUUUUAUUACUAUUAUUGUUAUUAUUAUUAUUAUUAUUAUUAUAUAUUGAUAAGAUAAGUGUUCGCGAAGGUAAAAACUAGAAUUGUAUCAUAAUAAACGGCUAAUAAUAAUUGUGUAAAUAUAUUUAAAAAAAAAAAAAAAAGAAAAAAAAAGGAAAAAAAGGAAAAGGACAAAAAAAUGUUAUAGUUAUUAUUUCAACAAGAGAAUAGUGGAUUACACGUAGAAUAUGGAAUAUAAAUCGAUAAAAAUGUGUGAGUUAGCUAAAGACGACUGUUGUUGUUGUGUGGUGUUAACUGUAGUGAACAAAACAAAAAUGAAAAAGUCGAUGUAUGUCUAGACUUUGGAGAAUAAAAACUCUCAACACACAGAUAA